UAUUGCGCUCACUCUUCCGCGUAUUUCUUGUCAUGGUUCGAUUAUUUUCAAAACGUAGACCCCGGUUUUUGAUAUCUUCAUAGGAUAUAAGAAAGUAGGAUCACCAUGCUAUACGGCCAUAUUAUGCGUCAGAAUACGCCACUGAACUCAUACCCAAGAUCCUGAAUGAUUUGGGUAACUCUCUUGCUCCUCAAUUGCAAUGCUCCUAUCUUGUCCUUAGUCCUAUAUAACGUGCAGCGUGGUGAUGUCAUCGGGGGCUUAUUACAUCAACCAUAUAUAUGACAAGUACAAGUCGAUAUAACAUGUUCAAUCCCUUCCAGCCUUAAUCUCAUCGAAAGAGCACAAAAUAUUGUUUUAAACUGCUCAUUGUCCUAGCAAUCAUGUCGUUUAUGGAUAAUGCACCAAACAUAGAGGCGUCAACCCGCAACCCAGACCACCCAGGGGGUAAAAAGGUCCACGACACCCACGCCCCCCCCAUCAUCGAAAACCCCGGCUCUAUCGCCUCCGACUCCCUCGCCGCCGAGUCCACCAACGCCCACGGCGCCUUCUCCCAAAACAAGAACGCAGAGCCCCUCGGCGUAACAGGCGCCCACUCCACAUUCGCCAACAAAAACACCUCCGGCGCCGAGAAACUCCCGCCCACGCACCACGCCUCGUCGCGCGCUGACCCUACCAUCUCCGCCGACGACUACACGCACAACAACAACAAGAUGAAUCUGCAGCCACAGCCCGCACCGGGGUAUGAUCGCGAGGACGAGCAGCUGCUGAAGGGGAAUGCGGUCCCGGCCCCGGGGUAUGUUGAUCAGGUCCUAGAGGGCUCGGAGGGGAGUAGGCCGAAGGGGACGAAUUUGACGGAGGUCCCGAGGGGAAAGAGGUUUGACGGGGGAGAGGGAGAGAAUGCGAGUUUUAAUGGGGAGAUUGGGACGGGGAUGGAUCCGGCGAGGCAGGCGGAGCAGGGGAUGAGGACGAGAGGGGCGCAGGGGGCGAGGGCGGGGGCGGCGGGGAGAAGAGGCGAGGGUGGUGGGGGAAGGGGGAUGUAUGAUGAUAUUGGGGAUGAGAAUGCCUGA